AUGAGUAUGAGUCAGUCAGUCAGUCAGUAAUAAAAAAGGUGUGAAAAUACUUUUAAAAUUAUUAUUUUAGAUAAGCCACCAAUAUGAACACACUACCAGGAAUUCUUGCCUUCACAAUAUUUGGAACUAUGACAUCAGCGCGGUACAUCUUCCGAGACCGUGACGACAUGAUAUCCAUGCGCCGUCCUCCUUACCUGGGGAUAGUUCCUGUGAUCGACUACCCGAUCUUUUCAGACGUUCAAGCGCAAUGGGUUCCGUACCGGACGUUUGACACCAACAGCUACAAAGCGUUCGAAUUCCCAACGUAUCCAACAGAAAAACAAGAUAUUGGUUUCGUAACUCGGUUUCUGCCUCCUCCCUUUUCACGUUCAAGUAACAGACAAAAGAGAAGUGUCAACCCCCUACCACCUGGAAUGCCACUGGUUAUGCCGAUGAACCGAGGGGCGUUUCCUCUGUAUGCCAAUAUGAUCGGAUUCCGUCACAUGCUACCUUCAUACUACCGCUACGACUUCGACAACCUUUCUUCUUACAAGCAUGGAAUCAACCCAACCUCAAUUAAUCCAGUCCCUAAAGGCAAAUUCAAUUUUGCGCCACCAGUUAUCUCCCCUGGCGUUGAUUCAAAAGUCAAUAUGGCGCCCAUUUCAAGUUCGCUCCAAGCAAACAAGAGCAAACUGCCAGCGUGGUACACGCAGCCCGACAGCUGGAUGUGGCCCCAAGGUCACAAGAGCGGGCCCUUAUUUGGGGUCAAACGACUCAAGAAAUCUGUCCGAGCGGCCCCAAAACCAUUACAAGGUUUGGAAGACGGAAACUGACUGCCAACAAUGUGAGAACAAAAACAGUUACCGUUGGUGUCUUUGGAAGAGGUUUUGACCUGUUCAGCAAGAAUUGAAAUCCACGUCUAUUCGGGAAGAACUACGAAAAAAAAACAAGAGUGCUGUCUUUUGCAAUUUCCGUUAACUUGUUAUAAAGUUUGCUUUGUUUCAUGGCCAUAUUUUUUAUUUAUUCGGUUUUCACUUGCCUAACAAAUACUGGCUGUUCCAGAAGGAAUUUUAAGGAUGAAUGCAUUAUCUGCAUGAUCAUGACGCUAAAACGUAACGAAAGUUGCCGUAUAAAAUCGUGAUUCUGUGCAAUAUUUUGACAACAAAAAAACGGUUAUUCUGAUUGUGCUAUUUACCACGUUGUUGGUAAAUGCAUCUUAUUUAUUUUAUUUUGUGUUUUUAACGUGAUUUGACCACUCCAUUAUUCUUACAAUAUGUUCACAUGUAAUACUACACAUAAAUGUAUGCUGAAUAUGCACGUCUGUUUCACUGAUCUGUACUUAAGCUGAAGUGGUGAGAACAAUGGAAUUUAUAUUUAUCUUAAGUUAUCUUUUUUUCUGUUUUGUAUUGUUCGUUUUUAGUAUUUUCUUUCCUUUUUUUUUUCUUUUUUUGUGUCUUUUGUCUUUUUUGUUUGAAUGAGACUGACUAAUCAGUUCAUUUCCGUCGUAUUCAGAAAUAAAUAUUUAAAAGCGCGGUCUGCUGAAUAACUGCUAGUCUUGAAUGACCUGAAUGUCCUCUUCCUUUCGUUAUCAAAGUGUGAGUGGAAAAACACAAAUAAAACGACUUCUGUAACCGUUGACAUUUCUUCUUCUUCUUUUUUUUAAAAAUUCAUCGAAUAAAGUAAAUAACGUGUACAAUUGACGUAACUCUGUAUAUAUAUAUAUAUAUAUAUUUAAUGUUCGAAAUACGUUGCAGCAAAUUAAAGACCAUUGGUAAAACUGAAAUUUAAAAUCAGUCUCAAAUAUUUUGUUUUAAAUAUUUAAUCAAUUGAGUAAAAUAUUUUUACAAACAUGUUUCAGCAAUUUGUCGUAACGGUACCCACAUCAGAUUUUAAAUCUAUAAAUAUUAUACAAAACAUACAAUUUAAUUUUCUUCCAAUUUGUAAAGAAUGAUUAUAUAUUUCGAAAAGAAUACAGUAGAAAAUGGACUUUUAACAAUACAUCGCAUUCCAAUUCUUCUCCUUUUUUCACUUUCAAUGACAACUUUUCGCCUGUUGCUGUAUGAGAUGUAUUUUAUGUAACCUGAAGUUAAAUAGUAAACACAUGAGUAAAAUAAGUAAAAUAAUAUGAUUUAAUUUUUAAAUUGGGAUGUUAAAAAGCCUUAUUUUGUAACUAAACAUUGUGCAUUUUAGGGUUAACUGAUAUCUGUAUUUUCUUCAUGGAAUUAAAUUACUGAGAAUGUAUUCGUUUAUCUUCGUUGUCUUAGUUAUAUUGUGUACAAUUUCUGUUCACUUGUUUGACAUUAUAUGAAUAAAAACAAUAUGAAUAUGUCUAUAGUUUCUUUUUGUAAAAUAAAAUAAUAUAUUAACAUA